CCCAUCUGGCAACACUGCCUUUUUCUCCGACUGUCGGUGUCAUCUCGUAAGGUUAUUUAAAAUUGAAAAAUAGAUGAAUUAAAAUAAUAAUCAUUUAUAAUUUUGAGUUGUAAAUAAAAUAGAAUGAGGUGUAUUAAUACGUCAACAGACUAAGGUUACAAAUAAAUAUCUCGAAAUGAACGAUUUACCGGAAAGCAGUAGUAAUAAUGAUGGUCCCGAUUUGGAGACCUUGGAUUAUCUUCGCGGUGUGAAGUCUUCAACAUGUCUUCUACUCCCAAUGACCCCGAGUCCAACUCCGAUAGAUUUUAAGCAUCCUCUCUCGGAAGAGAUGAGCGAAGGGCCAUUUUUAGCUCUCAAUGAUGAUCCAAAAAUUGACCUUCAAAGUUCUGGUGAUGGUGAUGCAUGUGCAGGAGAUUCUAGCUCAUCAGGAGAUUCCAACUCUGUAGUUCAGGAUCCAGUCAGUGCUCAACUCAUAAACAAUAUCAGCAUGUUGGACUACCAGACACUCAGCAAAAAUGGUGACAUUAUUAUAGGACAGCCUGAAAUAUGCAAACUAAAUGGAAGCCUUAACAUCAGUAACAGAAAGUUGCCAAAUUUCGUCAACUGGAAUUGGAGCAUUAUAAGAAAAGUUCUUCUCUGGUGUGUACUUUCUGGUCUCAUUGCUUGUAUUGGAGCAAUUAUUGCCAUGGUCAUAUCUAUACCAAAGUCAUGUAACCCUAAUCUCCCAUGGUAUCAAGGUAAGGUAUUUUAUGAAAUAUUCCCAGCCAGUUUUAAAGAUUCAAAUAACGACGGCUUUGGAGAUCUGAGGGGAAUAAUUCAAAAAUUAGACUACAUUAAAGAAUUGGGUGGAUCUUCUAUUCGGCUCAAUUACAUAUUUGAAACUAUCAACUAUCCUUACAAUUAUUUUAAUAGCACAUCUUUGCUACAAAUAGACAAACGUUUGGGUGGUUUGAAAGAUUUUCAAGAUUUAGUGACUGUGGCACAUAAAAAGGAUAUGAAUGUUAUACUGGACAUUCCUGUUCUGAGUAUGGCUGAGCCCUUGAAGUCGUAUGAUGUGAAUAAUACUUUUGUGUUUUCAAUUGAUCCCCAAGAAAGUAAAGAUCCCACUUCUGUAGCUAUAGCUUAUUGGUCACGAGCUCAACAGGUUGAUGGGUUUUAUUUGAGAAAUUUAGAGCAUUUUGUUGACCAUGUCAAUUUUGAAAAUUCACUUCAGCUUUGGAAACAGAUUUUAGGCUAUGGCAAAAUUUUCAUAGCAAGCAAAUCAGUACUUGAUAAAGUUAAUGGUACCAGUGCCACAGUUUUUCUAAAUAGGAUUGAUCUUAUUGAGGUAAAUCUAGGCUUGUACGAUGGUCCUACUGGUUUAAAAAGUGUCAUCAAUAAUACUUUAUCUGGACCUCUUUGGGACAAAGCACAUUAUCCUUGGGUUCUUUGGAAUAUAGGCAAUAUUGAUAGUGAUAGAAUCUCAGAAAGAUAUGAAAAUAAUACAUUGGCCCUAACAGCACUUGAGCUAGUUUUACCAGGUACAGUUAGUUUAUUCUAUGGAGAUGAAAUAGGCCUUGGUGGUGUACCUGACCAUGAUAUUGAGCAUGAUUUCCAUGAACACACAUUCAUAAAUAAUGUUGCUAUGAUGACUUUCUCCAAAAAUGAUGGAACUAUCCAUCCUGCACCUGCUCUGCCAUGGAUUUCGAAAUCAGCUUUAGAACCCAAGUAUCAUUAUAUAAAUGUUAUCAAAAGUUUUAUAGAGUUCAGGUUAAAUAACCCAACUAUAUAUUUGAAAGAAAUAUAUAAGGAGGGUAAUGUUUUUAAAAAUACAGAGAUCCAUGAAACUGAGAAAAAUCUCAUUUUGAUUGAACGCUGGUAUCCACGUAGGAAUACCUGUGUUUUUGUUGGUAAUCUUGGGGACAAGUCGAUCACUACUGACCUAUCGACAAAGUUCUACGGCGGAACAGUUGUAGCUAGCACAAAUACCUCUUUGGUUGGCCAAGUUUUGUAUUUUGAAAAAGUUACAUUUCCUCCUUACUCUGCAAUUAUUUUAAAGUUGGAAAAAUAAAGGACAACAAAGUUGUUGCUUAUAUGCCAAAUAUUAUUUUAUUUUCAGUAUUAAACAGUUGAUCUGAUGUAAUAACUGUAGUACAACAAAGUAAAGAAAUUUAUAAGAAAUUUUAUGCAGAUACUAUAAAGUUAAAGGCCCACUAAUUGUUGUAUGAUAUGAGAAAUUUCAAUAGUAUUAAUCCAGUAUUUAUUUACCAAAGAGUUGUUUACUUAUCUUAUUUGAUUGUUCUGUUAAAUUUAUAUUAAUAUUUUAUAAUAGGUAAGACUUUAUAGUUUAAAUUACACAUUAACACUUCAAGAAAAUCAUGGUUUGUAGUUACUAUUAUAUUAUUAUUUUUUUAGUAAAUAUGUACUUCACCUAAUAUAAAUUAGAAUUUCCAAUAACCUUUGAUUUUGUGUUUGUACUAAUUUCAGAAAUUAUUUAGUGAAAGAUUUUCAUACAAUUUUCUAACAAAAGGAAUUAGUUUCCGAAAACUGAUCUGCAAAAAAAUUAAAAUGAUUAGUCUAAGAUUUAAUAAUUUUGUUUAUUAUCUCCUUGUGUUAAACCCGGUAUUUCAAUGAAUCUCUGUAACUGUUAAUAUUGUGUGCUUACAAAGAGGUUGCAAAUCUCAUAGGUGCUUAUUUUUUUGCUUGAUAUUUUUGUAUUAAGAUUUUAUUCAUUUUAAUACUGUUUUGUUUGUUUAUGCAUAGUAUGUACUUAGGUAAUCAAUAAUUUAGAGUGUAAUAACAUAAACAUAUUUUUACUUUCUUUGAUAUAGUAUUUAGUACUUUUACUUGAAAGUAGCAAUUGUAAAAAUAGAAACAAAAGUGCCCAAAAAAUAUUAAGUAUUUAUCUUAUGUAAGCACUCGCUAUUUACCUCAUUAUUCAAAUAUUAUGAUAAAAAAUUAUAUUGAUGGAGUGUCUUGCCAGUUUAAACUUAACCAUAUUGGAUAGGCAUAUAAUUAAUGAAUACUCAAUAUUAUUCAUGUAUGUUUACUUUUAUAAUACAUUUGUACACAUUAGAAAAAAAUAGAUGGACAGUACUACCACUUUCGUAAGUCGCAUUUUGGAAUAUUCGUUAGGGGAAGAGAGCACAACAUGACGCCGAUUAAAAGAAUGUAUGAAUUAAAAGGAAAUACCAAUGAAAUACAGAUUAUUGCAAUAAGAUUUUAAAUACUAGGUCAGACUUGUGUUUUUUGCUGAUACUGCGACGUAAAAGACUGCAAAUGGCGACGACCAAUAGGAUAACAGCAAUAACGCGCGCUAUAUUAGGGUUGCCAACACUUCUUAAGAAAAAUAUAGUAUUUUUCAGAUUUAGCUGUAAAAAAUAUAGUACGCUCUUAGAAAAUAUAGUACAUAUUUUAUGGAAUGAGCGAAAAAUACAUUAAUUAUUAUAUUUAUGAAAACUAUAUUUAUUUGCAUUAUUCUUUCAAAAAUAAGAGUCUAAAAUGUAAAUUUUACUAAUGUUCAUAGCGUUUUAAAAUGUAAGAUUUGUUGGUUAGAUUUCAUUGAUGAAAAUAUAGUAUUUUUGCGUACUAUAUAUUUCUUUAACAGUAUAUAGUACACAGACCCAAAAUUUAGUACAAUAUAUAUAUUAUAUUAUAGUACGGUUGGCAACGCUAGCUAUGAUUGACUUAUUCGCGCCGUCCAAAAUUAAUUCCCCUGCGCAGGUAUAUUGACGGAACUUAUAAAAGUGAUAGUACUUUACUUAUUUAAUGUUAUGUACAUGAUUGAAAUCGAGAAUAAAUAGUUGUGAAAAAUA